AACGCGUCCGUUGUACAGAAACGUUCGAGAAGCACGCUUUGUGAUUCGGAAAUAGUGGACAUCAUGUCGUUUCAAACGUUUUAUUCGACGACCGUCUGACAAAAAACGAUUAACAGACAAGUAAGAGCCUAAUUCAGCAUUUUCUUUUUCUUUUUGAAGAUCAAUUGAGAAAGGUACCGGCAAAAGUUAAUAGAGGCAGAAUGCGAUCGGUGCGAUUGUUGGUAAGCUGCGUGCUUCUUUUAUCCUCUUCGCUGUUGAUACGUAGUCAGUCUAUUGGAGGAAGAGUUACCUUUGCAGAAGAGAAAGGUGAGGAGUCAGGUAAUGUUAAAAUUGGUACUUUUGAUUCGCAGCAGUCAGAUGCGAGAUUUUUUAACGGAACCCGUCAAAGUAAAAAUCUUUUUGAUUGGAUUGGUAUCGGUAUAGGACGAAACGUCGAUCCGUAUUUGGCAAAGAUUAACAAGGCUUGUUUGAACGGCGAGCUAGCGGAAUGCUUCAAAUCUGAAGCACUUACUUCGUUCUCCGAGUUUUUCGAUCAGACGGCUUAUGCUUUGAACGAAAAUGUUAAGGUGGUGCAAAUGUCCCGACAAGUGGUCGCGGACGUUAAUCGUCAACCGUAUGAAUACUCGACGGAACCUAGAUCCGAUGAAUCGGAAUGGGAUCAGCUCGUCAAAUUCGCAUCAAGAAAAAUGGAAAGAUUCGUAAAGACCAUGGCUAUCGAACUAGAAGUUCCAACUUCAGAGAUUGGUGAAAACGAAGUUUACUCACCAAGAUUUAUAGAUGAGAUCGCUGAUGAGAUCGAUACUCUCGAAGAUAAAAAGGAUUCUCUUUUCUCACGUCAUCGUUUCCGAAAAUUAUUGAUACCGAUGCUGAUCGUUUUGAAGCUCUUCAAAUUAAAACUGUUGUUAUUUUUACCUCUAAUAUUCGGUUUGGUAUCCUUCAAGAAAUUUUUGACAUUUUUGGCUAUCGUUGUACCAGGAGUAAUAGGAUUUUUGAAAUUGUAUAAACCUCAAAAUUAUCAACCACCUUUUUACAGUCAAAAUGGUAUCGGUUAUCCUUAUUACAAGGAAUCUUCCGGUCAGCCUUAUCCUUACGUAAAUCACAAUACGGAAUACGACGGAAGUUACCACGGAGAUGCUGUGUCUUAUGGACAGGAUCUCGCAUAUCGAGGCUACCGCGAAUAUCAAUCGUAGAAAAAGAUAAUUUUUUAAUUAUUAUGUAUCUAUACUUAUUUUAUUAUUUAUUAUCUAACUUAAUUUUGAAUCAUUGUUGAAUCAAACGUAGUUUAUCAAUUGAUUGUAAAGAUAACUAAUACGAUUCCAUGUUUGACG